GGCGUCGGGGGGUCUCUGAAUCCUAAGGCUUCUGAUUGGCUAGAUGAGAUUAGCUAAGAGACGCUUUCUUCCUUGAGAGGUUUUGAUUGGUGGGCCGGAGAGGUUACCUGGGAAUCCACCCCCUCAGGGGACUUGGAUAGGGUUGAGAAAGGUUUGUGUUCCUGGAGCCUUGGGAGUUGUCAUAGGCUAAAGAGAAGGAAUCCUAGUCCCUAGGAAGGGUCAUCCCCCCCACCCUAAUGAUAACUACCACCCUAUUUCAGGAGACCGUGUAUUUCUAGAGCAGGCUUUGCUUUCACCAAACUCAAGGAGGUGACAGGAAAAGCCCUUGCACAGGAUUUAAGGAUGCUGUGACCAGAAGAUGGGAUCCCGAAACAGCAGCAGCGCAGGAUCCGGGUCUGGAGACCCCUCCGAGGGCUUGUCCCGAAGAGGGGCUGGCCUGCGUCGGAGUGAGGAAGAAGAGGAGGAGGAUGAAGAUGUGGAUCUGGCCCAGGUACUGGCCUAUCUCCUCCGCAGAGGACAAGUGAGGUUGGUGCAGGGAGGAGGUGCAGCAAACUUACAACUCAUUCAGGCCCUCUCGGACUCGGAGGAAGAGCAUGACAGUGCCUGGGAUGGUCGUCUCGGGGAUCGAUACAACCCACCUGUGGAUGCAACCCCUGACACCAGGGAGCUGGAAUGCAAUGAAAUCAAGACACAGGUGGAAUUGGCAACAGGGCAGCUGGGACUUAGGCGGGCAGCCCAGGAACGCAGCUUUCCUCGAAUGUUGUACCAGAGAGAACGGGGCCUCUGCCACCAGGGAAGCUUCUCCCUUGGAGAACAGUCUCAAGUGAUGUCUCACUUCUUGCCCAAUGAUCUGGGCUUCAUUGAUACCUACUCUCAGAAGGCUUUCUGUGGCGUCUACAGCAAAGACGGUCAAAUAUUCAUGUCUGCUUGCCAAGACCAGACAAUUCGACUAUAUGACUGCCAGUAUGGCCGCUUCCAUAAAUUCAAGAGCAUCAAGGCCCGGGAUGUAGGCUGGAGUGUUCUGGAUGUGGCCUUCACCCCUGAUGGAAACCACUUCCUCUACUCUAGCUGGUCUGAUUACAUUCAUAUCUGCAACAUCUAUGGGGAAGGAGACACACACACUGCCCUGGAUCUAAGGCCAGAUGAGCGUCGCUUUGCUGUCUUCUCCAUUGCUGUCUCCUCUGAUGGACGAGAAGUACUGGGAGGGGCCAAUGAUGGCUGCCUAUAUGUCUUUGAUCGUGAACAAAAUCGGCGUACCCUUCAGAUUGAGUCUCAUGAGGAUGAUGUGAACGCAGUGGCCUUUGCUGAUAUAAGUUCCCAAAUCCUGUUCUCUGGGGGAGAUGAUGCCAUCUGCAAGGUGUGGGAUCGCCGCACCAUGCGGGAGGAUGACCCCAAGCCUGUGGGUGCACUGGCUGGACACCAGGAUGGCAUCACUUUCAUUGACAGCAAGGGUGAUGCCCGGUAUCUCAUCUCCAACUCCAAAGACCAGACCAUCAAACUCUGGGAUAUCCGACGCUUUUCUAGUCGGGAAGGCAUGGAAGCUUCACGCCAGGCUGCCACACAGCAAAACUGGGACUAUCGCUGGCAGCAGGUACCCAAAAAAGCUUGGCGGAAGCUGAAGCUCCCAGGGGACAGCUCCUUGAUGACAUACAGGGGCCAUGGGGUGCUACACACCCUUAUCCGCUGCCGAUUCUCCCCAACUCAUAGCACAGGCCAGCAGUUCAUCUACAGUGGCUGCUCCACGGGCAAAGUGGUUGUAUAUGACCUCCUCAGUGGCCACAUCGUGAAGAAACUGACGAACCACAAGGCGUGUGUGCGUGAUGUCAGUUGGCACCCCUUCGAGGAGAAGAUUGUCAGCAGUUCGUGGGAUGGAAACCUGCGCUUGUGGCAGUAUCGCCAGGCUGAGUACUUCCAAGAUGACAUGCCAGAGUCGGAGGAAUGCUCCAGUAUCCCUGCCCCAGUGUCCUCUCCCUCUGUUGCAUUUUCCUCUCCCCAGUAGAUCCGACCUUCAGUCCCAUAUAGAGUGAACCUCUCUACAGGUUUUCUGCCUUCCUUUUCCCUAUUCCCUUCUGGGAAAUACGUGGAGGAAUCAUUGGCAGUAGAUGGCAAGAAAUAGAAGCCAGGCUCUGGGCCCCACCUGAGCCCUGAAGAGCCAUCCCACAGGGCCAAGUUAUCCUCAGGCAUUUACACCCAAUCAGCUUGGGUCUCUCUCUCUCUGGCUAGUCUGGCCGGGCUGUCAUUAUCUUGAAUGUGACUUUUGUCAGCAAGAGAACUGGCCUGAAUAUGUUGAAUCAUGUUUGGAUGUUAUGUGUGAUCCUGAGGCCAGAUGUGAUUAGACUGUCAGCCACGCUUGUUGCCCAUGUCUUCACAUCAAGAAUUAGAUUGGCCAGUGAAGUCAGGUAUCCUGGCCUUCCUGAGGUCUUUAGGGGAGGACAGAGUGAAUAGAGGUGUUUCCUAAGCACCCUCCUGGGGUGGGGACUAUGUCUUCUCUCAUAUUUGGGUCUUUGGGGUUGCAUAGGUUGUGGUAUGAGAGGCAGGAUUCUCCAGAACUUUGUAUAACCCAACACAGGGCAGGCCCUACCUUCCCAGAGGGUCCUGAUUAUUAUGCUGAAUAUCAGCAGCUUCAAGAAAGGGUAUUGAAGUAGGACUCUUUUGUCCUCUCACUGGCUUUGGCUCCCUCAAUAAACUCUGGGAACCUGG